AUGCUAACCAAAACAUCCAGCGGCUUAAAAGAAUGGGCGAUUGUUGAAUUACAAGGUGAUCUGGAAGUAAGAUCAAGCGAAGAAAUGCAUGAUCAAUUUGUGGGAGAUCUCUAUUACAACAAGUAUGGACAACCUAUUCUCAUUAUAGGCCAUCACAUAUUACAGGGAAGAGAACAAAAAUUAGAGAAGCCAUUUGCUGUCCUCGAGAAAUCAAAAACCAAUGAGGGUCAACAUAUUUUAGAUCAAACUGUACAGAAUCUAAAUGCAAGUGUUAUGAACAAUACGGUUGAUCGAACACUAUUGGAUAACACAGUUGCUCUGGAGAACAAAACCAAACAGCGAACCGAAUAUACGGUCCAAGCUAUUGUUACCAAAAAGUUGACAUUCAAAUCGAGACCAAAACCAAUUAUAGCCAAUGUAGCAAAAAGCGUUUGA